ACACUACACUCACUAUUUGGGACACGUGUCUCUAAACAUAUUAUAUGAAUACAGAUUGCAUUGGUUAUGUGGACUAUUUGGUGGGUGGAGAGUAGGAGGUGCAAGUGUCACUUUCAAUACAACAAAUGAGCCAGUGUUGAUAAUCGGAUUAGAGAGAGUGGGAUUCAAAUUGGGAUUUUUGACAGCGGGCCAUGCACUCCUGCGCCAGACGCCCCCAGUCUCCUUGUUCUGUAGAAGUAACAUUAGAAAAGCAGCCAAAAUGCCUGUUGAUCUGAACGGAUACUGGAAAAUGGUCUCCAAUGAGAACUUCGAGGAGUAUUUGAAGGCCCUUGAGGUGAACGUUGCCAUCAGAAAAAUUGCCACUUUAUUGAAACCAGACAAAGACAUCACCCAUGACGGAGAUCACAUCAUCAUCAAAACACUGAGCACUUUUAAGAACUACAACAUGGACUUCUAUGUGGGCAAGGAGUUUGAGGAGGAUCUCUCCGGGGUGGAUGACAGGAAGUGUAUGACCACAAUCACAUGGGAGGGAGAUAAGCUGGUAUGUGUUCAGAAGGGGGAGAUUGAAGGCCGAGGCUGGACCCACUGGGUGCAAGGAGAUGAACUCCAUUUGGAACUGAGAGCUGCAGGCGCUGUUUGCAAGCAAAUUUUCAAGAAGACUUAGGGCAAUUUUUAUGAACUUCUUUGGGGACACAUUCCACUGCUUGGCAUCUGUUUUGUCCACUUAA